GAUGUGUGCUGUGCAGCUUGCUGGUUCAGCAGUUUGUUUUACUGUGCAAAGUUAAAGAAAAAGCAGACAGGCUGAAAGUGAUGUGAGCAGCAGAGCGAGGAUUUUAAGAAAAAAAAGAGAGAACCGAGCUCUUAGUGCAUUUUCACUGGACAGGCACAAAGAUGGCAGCGUUGUUGAAGCAGUAUCGUGAGAGAAUACGCACUGAGCUGGACAGAGUUGUGGAUUUCUGGCUGAAAUACUCUCAUGAUGAGCAAUAUGGUGGGUUUUUUACCUGCAUUGGAAAAGAUGGGAAGAUCUAUGAUGAGCUCAAGUAUGUGUGGUUACAGGGCAGACAGGUAUGGAUGUACUGCAGGCUGUACCGCACUGUGCCGAGGUUUCACCGGCCAGAAAUUCUUCAAGCUGCCAAAUCAGGCGGUGCGUUUCUCCAGAGAUUCGCUCGAGUGCAGGCCUCAGACGGUCCGGGAAAGUGUGCGUUCUGUCUGACGAGGGACGGCAGAGCAGUAAAGGUUCAGAGGACCAUCUUCAGCGAGUGUUUCUACGUCAUGGCCAUGGAUGAACUUUCCAGGGUCACAGGAGACAAAGAGAUGCAGUCCGAUGCGGAGAGCAUGAUGGAUCAGUUGGUGCACUGGGUCCGGGUUGACUCGUCAGGUCUGGGUCGUCCUCAGCUUCCUGGCGAUCAUCCUGUUAACAGCAUGGCGGUUCCCAUGAUGCUCCUGUGCCUGGUGGAUCAGCUGACAGAGGGUAGGGCAGAGCUCGCAGAGAAAUACAGAGAGCUGGGUGACUGGUGUGUCUCUCAGAUACUGCAGCAUGUACAGAGAGAUGGAAAGGCCAUUCUUGAAAAUGUGUCACUGGAGGGAAAGGAGCUGCCUGGCUGUCAGGGACGUUUGCAGAAUCCAGGUCAUGCGUUGGAGGCUGGCUGGUUCCUGCUGCAGUACGCAAAGGCAUGCGGUGCUGCAGAGCUGCAGAAUGUGGCUGUGCAGAAGUUCAUGGAGGUUCCCUUCCUCACCGGCUGGGACAAAGAACAUGGAGGACUCUUCUACUUCCUAGACGCUGAUGGUCACUGUCCCACGCAGCUGGAGUGGAACAUGAAGCUGUGGUGGCCUCACUGUGAAGCUCUCAUCUCUUUUCUAAUGGCCUACGAUCACUUCAGAGAUCCUGCAAUGCUGGCGAGAUUCACGCAAGUCUACGACUACACCUUCACACACUUUCCUGAUGAAGAGCAUGGUGAGUGGUUCGGAUAUCUGAGUCAGCAGGGGAAAGUGGUGCUGGAUUUUAAAGGGGGACCUUUCAAAGGGUUCUUCCAUGUUCCUCGAUGUCUCUACAUGUGUGAGAAGAUGCUGGAUCAUCUGCUCACAACACUCGAGUCCUAAAUGUAUCCACAAACUAAUUGAUGAUAUUUUCCGCACUUUUUUCAACUACUGUAACGUUUCUGCUAUAGCAUAUAUACAUGCUUACUCUCCAAAUCAAUACUUAGCCUACCUGGUCUGUAUACUCUAAGUGCCAGUAUUUUACCCAGAGGAGUUGUUUUUAUAGAAAUGGUAAAGGGAGCAGUUUUUUGGAACAUUUCUCUGGACAGUUAGUUGCUGGUAUAAUGAAUCCAUGCACACACUAAAGCCAGGUUAUGAGUAAACCGCAAAGGAACAGGAGACUUAGGUUUCAUAAAUGAGUUGGUUUCCAGGACACAAUCUUAUAUCAUGUAGCAUGUUCAAGCAUGUUCAAUCAGAACUACAUUUCUUACAUGUCGCUAAACUCAAGUGGAAGCAGAAGAACAGAUGUGUUGCCUGAUACUGUAAUGUUAAGAUAUAUUCUCUUUAAAGUACUCAAUAAGGCAAUGCACAAGCAACUCGGACUGGGCUCUGAAAUCCUUCCAGAAUUAACCUAGAUUAAGCAUUUGGCAUUUAGUCAAGACAGAAAGAAAGACAGAAAGAAAGACAGAAAGAAAGACAGAAGGAAAGAAGGAAAGAAAGAAAGAAAGAAACCUGAAUUAUCUAACUCUCAGCAGUUCAGUGAGCCAAUAUAAGCCUUUAGCACAAUGUAUUGCCUUCAGUGAUGAGCUAGACCAGGGGUAUUCAACCAAAUGUAAAUUUCCAGUUACAUAAAAUUCCUUGCUUAACAUGCCUGAGUGGUGACAACUUUUUCCUUUUAAUUAGUUUACAGAUAUAAAUAGGUCAUGUCGUAAGACCAGAGAGAAUAAACAAAAUGAAAAAUCUCUGAAGAUGUUUGGAAAUUGUUCUGUUUGUGAGUUGAUGUCUUUAGUCUGUAGCUAGAUUCUGGUCUGAUGAGCUGCUUUCAGGUAAAUAAUUUCCAUAAAUGCAUUUGAUUUUUUUAAACAGAGGAUCUGCUAAAGAAGCCAUGGUGGUUUACUGAACCUUUUUUUCAUACAUUUAUCAGCUCUACUACAGUGUAUUUUCCAAGUACUUGAAAUACUUUGUUGAGUCCGCAUCCGGAUCGUGGUCUGCCAGUUUGAACCGAAGUGGAUUAUUCAUAACAGCAGUAGUGUAUAGGAGGUGUCCUAUGUCCUGUUCAAAUGUUUAUUAAAUAUCUAUAGUCACUUUGUACACAUGCUUUUACAUGUAGUUUAUUGCACACAUUAACAACAGAUGAUUUGCUACAUUGCAGCGUAGCAUGUUAAGCACUCUAAAUGCACGGAAUUUCAUGAACGCUUCCUGUCUAAGUAACGCUAACAUUUCUGCCAUAUUUAGUCACUCCAGCGAUUAAUACUGACAAACAUCUAUAUGUCUGAAUGCUGUCCACAUAUUGUACAGUUUUAACACAUUUUAACCAUCUACCUAAACAUUCAAGAGUGCCAACUGAUUUUUUUUUCCAAGUUAACCAAAUCUUGUAUUCUACUAAUUAUGCAAUGUUUAAAUGUAUUUACUCAGUGCUACAUCAUAUUUUUACAUUUUCUCAUGAGAUGUAAAUGAGUACUAGUCAAUUACUGAGCCUGCUUGCCGGCUUCACAUUUCCCCACUGUUCAUGUGUUAUGGUGUUCAGCAAAUACUACUCUGAGAAAAUUGUGAAAGUGUACUUGAAAUUGUCAGUAAAAUUAAAGAUUUAUUUCAAAAUGUGUGUCAACUUGUGUUAGGGAAAAAAUGGUUUCAUAUUCAAGAAUUAAAGAAAACAUUUCACUACA